AAAUUAUAUUUUUCUUUCUGCAGGAAGUUAGAAAAUCAUAUAAAAAUCAAGGGAGACUAAAAUAAUGAUAUAAUGCAAUCUUUCGAUCGAUGAAUACGGCUCUGUUCUCGGAUAAGCAGAUAAUGGAUCUCAUGAACGACAACAAUAAUUCACAAGACGGCGAUCAUCAUCAGAAACACCGUGUCGGCGAUAAUGGAUUGGAAUCGAACAAGGAAGCUAUCUUCCCUAGCUAUGAUUUCCAUCCUAUCCGCCCUAAUGCCUCCGUCGGAUUGUCUCACCACGCUUUAGAUCUCGCCGGAUCUGUUAAUUCCACGGCUGCUAGGGUUUGGGAUGCGUCUGAUCCCAAACCGGUUUCAGCUUCUUCCGCAAGAAGUUAUGGUUCUAUGGACUCUCUUGAACCUUCAAAGUUGUUUGCUGAGAAGGAUCGAAAUUCCCCUGAGUCAGCGAUUAUAUCUGCAAUUGAUCGGACAAUGAAGGCACAUGCUGAUAGCUUGUUACAUGUUAUGGAAGGUGUCAGUGCACGUCUAACGCAGCUGGAGACCAGAACCCGAAAUCUCGAGAACCUGGUUGAUGAUGUCAAAGUUUCUGUUGGGAACAGUCAUGGAAAAACUGAUGGGAAGUUGAGACAGCUUGAAAACAUCAUGUUAGAGGUGCAAAGCGGUGUACAGUUGUUGAAGGACAAACAAGAAAUAGUUGAAGCGCAGCUUCAGCUUUCAAAGCUCCAGUUAUCAAAGGUAAACCAGCAGCCCGAGACACACUCUACACAUGUUGAACCCACUGCUCAGCCUCCCGCAUCACUGCCUCAGCCACCAGCUUCUGCUGCAGCUCCCCCAUCUCUUACUCAGCAAGGACUCCCGCCACAACAAUUUAUCCAACCGCCCGCCUCACAGCACAGUCUCCCACCACCUUCAUCUCAACUGUCUCAGCUUCCUAGCCAGUUCUCUCCCCAGCAAGAUCCUUAUUUCCCUCCACCUGGUCAGUCCCAGCCACCUCCAACAAACCAGCCUCCUUAUCAACCUCCUCCUCCAACCCAGUCACUGCAUCAACCACCUUACCAGUCACCUCCUCAACAGCCACAAUACCCGCAACAGCCACCUCCUCAGCUCCAACACCCGUCAGGCUACAACCCGGAGGAACCACCUUACCCUCAGCAAUCUUACCCGCCAAACCCUCCUCGUCAACCACCUUCUCAUCCACCUCCUGGUUCCGCCCCAUCUCAACAGUACUACAACGGUCCUCCAACGCCACCAUCAAUGUAUGAUGGAUCAGGCGGCAGAUCCAAUUCAGGUUUCCCUUCCGGGUAUUCUCCUGAACCGUACCCGUAUACUGGACCUCCUUCCUCACAGUAUGGAAACACCCCAUCUGUGAAACCGCCACAUCAGAGUGGAAGUGGAUCUGGUGCCUUACCACAGCUUCCAAUGACCAGUAUUACAAAGUCGCUGUCUACAGGCUCUCUCUUUCCUAAGCCAAAACGACAUGUAGUUUUUACCGGCUAA